AUGAGCUAUAGAGCGCUGCAGGACGCGCGCAUCCUCUCCGACGAGCUCGCGGAGCCCUCUGUGCCCGGGGCUAGUCCGCGCAGGACGCUGGUGGUGCGGCUCAAUUUGCUCACGGUCGGAGACCGGACGGUGGAGACGCGGGUGGUGAUCUCCGCCGGUGUCGCGGCGGGGGACGCGUUCAUGCUGGUGUCCACCUGCAGGGAGGCAAGGUCCAAAGCAGCUCAAAGCCACAGAGAUAGCUCUUGA